CUCCUUCACGACUUCCUCGUCCACCCUCUUCUUCUUCUUAUUCGCGGUAGCAGGCGUGCAAGCCAAAGAAACAUCCCGUGUUGUACAUCUUCUCGGGAUCGCCCAGCUCCGUCACCACUUGUUUCUUUUAUUACUUCAUUUUCUCUCCCCAUCUCUAUAUCCUCCUCCCUCUCCCCCUCUCCCCUAUCCCCCGGUUAUCGAGGUGCCUGACCAUCACUCAUCAAAGAUCAAGACCAAAAACCGCCUCCCCCAGUCCACAGAUACCACCAACCACCACGAAAAGGCCUUCUGCUACGACAUAGCCCUUGACGAUAACCAACCGCCUUUUUUUUUCAUCUUCUUCCGUCUCACGCCCAAAAUCGACUCUCGGUCUUCUCUUACGCACCCUCCACAAUAUGCCUGUUCAGCUGCUACCCGCUUCCGCGGCGGCUUUUGCCCCGAGAGCCUCAUCGGUCAACGUCGUGCUGGGAUCCAAGGUCGAGCCGUGGUUGACCCAGACGCUGAAGCGCAUUAACCGGGUUAAGCGUCCUCUCAACAGCGUCCCUCAACACCAAAGAUGUCUGACUGAGACUCUGUCGUCUCCUGACGCCAUCUGGACUCUCACUUCCAUCAUGCUCCCCAAGGCCCCGGAAUCCGAAUUGCGCCAGGACUCGAACCCCCUCGUCGAGGCCUUGUUCAACUACCAGCUUCUCCAUAUCGAGGCCUACAUCGUCCACGUCGACAUGGUCCUGCGCAACGAGGUCGCCUUCAAGCUGACCACCGACUCGAUAGACGCUCUUGUCGAGUACCACAAGGAGAUCCACUGCGUCGACUCCAAGGCAAACCCGUACGACUGGCCAGAGAAGGACCAGCAGUGCAAGAAGCUGCACGAAGACUUUGUCCAGGCCAUCAACAAGUUUGUCUUCCGCACCCACGUCUCCGCCCUGGAAGGUCUUGAGGAGGACGGUGUUGGCGAGCUGCUUUCCGGUAAGAGCGAGGAGGUCAAGAACAACAUCAUGGGCCUCAUGAAACCCCUGCUGCCUCCUCCUCCCCGCGUUGUCGAUGUCAUCAGACAGCCCCCCCUGCUCCCUAGCUCGCCCGCAAACGCAAGCAUCUGGUCGCAACCCCCGACGCCGGCCCAUCUGCCCACUGUCGACGCAUGGAGAGUCCUGCCAUCGAGCCCCAGCAUCGCAUCAACGUCUCAGGAAUCAACACCCAUCUGGGCCAACAUUGGCAUGAGCGAGGUCCAGAUCCCCUCGCCCACGCCCUCGUUCAGCCAACCCUUCUCCACUGCCGGCUUCUACUACAGUGCACCGGCGAUCACGGCACCCAUCCCGGCGCUGCCGCUUCCCAGCAUGUUCACGCCCCAAUGCGGCGUGAGCGUUGGCUACGGCAGCUUUGGCUGGGAUCGCUACCAGGAGUACGCCACGACCAUGUGACAACCAACGCCCGUCACAUCUGAGAGCUACCCUGUCGUCACGACCUCAUAGCAUUGCCAAGGCACGGUUUUGUCCAUGUUUCCCGGAGAAGAGUUGAAGUCCUCUCGGUUUGCUCGGCAUAGAUCCCACCAUCAUCCACGGGGCAUAUCGGCGUUUUUGCAUCAUCAACAGGGAAGCGAUUUCGGUGUUGCGGGGACUCGCGAGGCCAACGGCGACGAAACAAAAAAGAUAUAAUGCGGUUGUUUUUUUUCCUUUGUCGGCAGCAAGCGAGCGUCUGAUCUUACUUUUUUAUUCCGUCUUUUCGAUAUCCGGGGAACAACUACAACCAUCAUCAUCACCGCCACCACUCACCUUGCCGCGAGCUCGGUCACUUUUUUCUUGUUUCCCUUUCAAAUCAUCUCAUCAAGGGCUGGGUCCGGGGCAUUUGAGUGCAUUUUCACUUGGG